GAGCGGGGGCGGGGCCUCGGGGAAGGGGCGGGGCGAGGGUGUUCGGGUUUCUGGGAUUAGACAGGUGGCAGCCCCCGUGCUGAGACCAGCCCCCCGCUCCGUGGGCCCGGCCGGCGGGGAAGCGGGGCCAUGGCGCGCAGCGAGACGGAGCCGCCGGAGCAGGCGCCGCUGCGCCGCUGGGAACGGGAGCAGGCCCAGCUAAAAGCAAAUGUGAUUGAGGAGGACACUGAGGAAUGGCAGAAAGAUUCCACCUUUGCAGGACUGGAGAGAGUGGGAGGGGUGGACCUGUCUUAUGUCAAAGGAAACGACACAAUCGCCUGCGCUUCUCUGGUGGUUCUCAGCUACCCAGAUCUUGAGGUGCUAUAUGAAGAUUGCCAGAUGGUAACCGUGAGUGCCCCCUACGUGGCAGGGUACUUAGCUUUUCGAGAGGCCCCUUUCCUGGUGGAAGCUGCUCAGAGACUUCAGGAGCGAGAGCCUGGGCUCAGGCCUCAGGUGCUGCUCGUAGAUGGGAAUGGCGUACUCCAUCACAGAGGGUUUGGUGUGGCCUGCCACCUGGGGGUGCUGACAGGCCUGCCCUGUAUUGGUGUGGCCAAAAACCUCCUGCAGGUCGAUGGCCUGGCCAAGGAUGAGCAGCACAAGGGGCAGAUCCGCGACCUGCAGAUGGGAGGAGACGUAUUCCCUCUGAGGGGCACCUCUGGGAGAGUCCUGGGCAUGGCCCUGCGCAGCUACAACAAGAGCACGAAGCCCAUCUAUGUCUCCGUGGGCCACAGGACGUGCCUGGAGUCGGCAGUGCGCCUGGUCCAGUCCUGCUGUAGGUACCGGAUCCCAGAGCCCAUCCGACAGGCUGACAUCAGAUCCAGAGAGUACAUCCGGAAGCACCUGUCCUCCCCACUGGGGGGCACGUCUCCUGGGCCAGGGAGGAAGGAAGAGGCUGAGCCCAAGCAUUGAUUUGGCCCCAGGAAGACACUGCCCAGCCCCAGUGUGAACUUGAGCCUUCCACCCCUCUGGGAUCAGAGCUCCGAGAAGUCUCUCCAGGGCACCGUGACUGACCGUCCACGCCAGGAACUCAGGGUACUUCAUGGGGUGAAAAGCCAGGAUGACCAGAGAUAAGCCAGGAGACGGCUUCCCCCUGGGCUCUGCUAAUGGGGCAGGAACCCCAGUCUUUGAUGGUUUGUAAAUUCUAGAGAAUAUUUUAUAUUCCAAUGUUGAAAACACACGCUGUAAAAAUAAAUUCUCCCCAGCACUGGUACACUCCCAAAGCAGUGUUUGGGAGUCAAGAGAGGGAU